GGACACAGCGGAUCACCGAUCAACAGAAAGAGCCAAAGACGUUGGCUCGGUCAUGUGAUCAGCCGUGUCCAAUCACAGCUGAUCGCAUGGGACAUGUACACUGAUCAUCAUGGCACUGAUGAUCAGUGUGCCCUGAUGAUCAGUGUAGCCCCAGGAGUGCCACCUGUCAGUGUCCAUCAAUGCCAGCUGUCAGUGCCUACCAGUGCACAUCAAUGCCACAUAUCAGUGCCCAUCUGAGCUGCCUUUCAGUUUCACUUUACCAGUGCCAGUCAGUGCCACCUAUCAAUGCCAGUCAGUGCCACCUAUCAGUGCUGCCAAUCAGUACCAGUCAGUGCCGCCUAUCAGGGCUAGUCAGUG